GAGCGAGGAAUACAGUGCGUGUGAUGCUUGAGAUAAGAGGAAGAAUUAACAGCUUUUUAUGAAUCUUCAUCUCUCUGUAACAUCACAUUCACCUCCUUUUUUGGAGAAUUUAAAUGAAGUGCCUCUGCAGCUGCAGUCUGAAUGAUCUCAUCUCCUGAGUGCACCAAGACUGAAUUCAAAUUGUGCAGCUACAAGAGUGAGUAAGGACUUUACUGAAAACUCCAGCCAAAGAGAGAGAGAGACGAGAAAAGAGAGCCAUCAGGGGACACACUGGGACUCAGUGUGGGCCUGAGGGAGAUAGACGGGCGAGCCGAAGAGGUAAGAUGAGUCUAAACAAUGGUCACUCUCUGACCACCAGCGGACAGGACUUGACCAGCAGCCGGGCCUCCUGGGAAGAUGCUAGGACAGUGUUGAAGCCCUCCACCCCCACCAGGAAACCUAAACCACCCAAGCCGGAGAAUGCCAUCACCAUCGGCGUGUCUGCACGAGUCCUCUUCAACAUGGAGAAGGAGCAGCACAUCUAUGAGCAGCAAGGCCUGGAAGAGUACAUCAAGUAUCAGGUGGAGCAUGAAACACAGCCUUUCAGCCCUGGACCUGCCUUCUCCUUUGUCAAGGCUCUGGAGGCUGUGAACACUCGGCUGAGGGAGCUUUACCCCGAAAGCGAGGAGCUCUUUGAUGUUGUGCUCAUGACCAACAACCACGCAUACGUUGGCCUAAGACUCAUCAAUACCAUUAAUCAUCACCAGUUGUUCAUCGAGCGCUUCUGUAUGACCGGGGGAAACAGUCCCAUAGGCUACUUGAAGGCCUACCACACUAACCUUUACCUGUCUGCUGAUCCAGUCAAGGUUCGAGAAGCUCUGGAAGACGGUAUAGCAGCAGCCACCAUGUUCACCCCAGAGAAGAUAACGGAAGUGUCGGAGACUCAGCUGCGUGUCGCCUUUGAUGGUGACGCCGUCCUCUUUUCUGAUGAGUCUGAGCGCAUUUACAAGGCCCAUGGACUAGACAAGUUUUUUGAGCACGAGAAGGCACAUGAGAACAAGCCUCUGGACCAUGGACCACUGAAAGGCUUCCUGGAGGCUUUAGGAAAGCUGCAGAAGAAGUUUUAUGGCAAAGGCCAGCGCAUGGACUGUCCAAUCCGGACCUACUUGGUGACGGCUCGCAGCGCAGCCAGCUCUGGUACCAGAGCCCUAAAAACUCUGCGCUCAUGGGGUCUGGAGAUCGACGAGGCACUCUUUCUCGCAGGGGCACCCAAGGGCCCCAUGCUUGAGAAGAUCAGGCCGCACAUAUUCUUUGAUGACCAGAUGUUUCAUGUGGAGGGGGCAGCAGAAAUGGGGACAGUAGCGUGUCAUGUGCCCUAUGGGAUAGCUCAGAGAGUUAUCACGAAAGGAUUUAGUGAGACUUCUUCAGCGCCCAAGUAGCCUGGACAUCACUGAGACUAAA